AUGUCCGCAGACUCGUCAGAAAUCCAAAUCAAUGUCAAGGGUCCCAGCGAGCUCAAGCUCCAGAUCACCAUCUCCACCGACAAGUCCGUCCUAGACCUCAAGCAGGCUAUCGCUGAGAAGUCUGACGUCGCUGCCGACCGCCAGAGACUGAUCUACUCCGGUCGAGUGCUCAAGGAUGAGGACGUGCUCUCGACGUACAAGAUCCAGUCGUCCCACACCAUCCACAUGGUCAAAGGCGCCGCACGAAAUGCCGCCUCAUCAUCUGCCCCCGCUCCUCCACAGCCCCUGCCCAACAUGCAGGCGGGCCAGAACCCGCACGAUCCCCUCACACAACUCAAUGGACACAUGGGAUACGGCCAGAUGGCGGGUCUCAAUCCCUUUGCAGACCUUGGGUUGAACACAAAUGACCCCAACAUGAUGCAGGCUAUGUUCAACUCGCCGCAAUUCUUUCAACAAAUAUCCAGUAUUUUCUCGAACCCCGCCCUCCUCGACCAGAUCAUCGCUUCUAACCCCCAACUCGCCCAGAUGGGUCCCCAGGUCCGCCAGGUCUUCCAGAGCGAACAAUUCCGCCAAAUGAUGUCCAACCCCGAGACGCUGCGCAUGAUGCUCCAGAUGACCUCUCUCAUGCGCGAGGGCGGCGGCGCCUCCAAUGCCGGCGCAGGCGCAUUUCCCGCUCCUGGCAUGCCCUCGACUGCCCGCCAAAACGCGCAGCCCCCCACCGGUGGCGCAGCGCCAGCAGGCACGGGCACCGCGAACCCUGCACCGCUCCCGUUCAUCAGUCCCCUCUUCCCUCCACCUGGAACGCCCGGGAGCGGUGCUGGUACUGCUGGUACUGGCGCUGACCCCGCGGCCGCAGGAGGCGCGGGAGGUAGGGGGCUGUUCGACCCCGCAAUGAUGCAGCAGAUGCUCGCUGCGAUGGGUGGCAUGGGUGGUAUGGGCGGGGGCGCAGGUGCUGCGGACCCCUUUGGGUUCGGUGGAUUCGGUGGAUUAGGGGCCGCACCUGCCGCACCGGCGGACACCAGAGCGCCAGAGGAGCGAUUCCAGGUCCAGCUACAGCAAUUGCAGGAUAUGGGCUUCACGAAUGCGUCGCAGAACGUGCGUGCGCUGCUUGCGACCGGCGGCAAUGUGCACUCUGCGAUUGAGUAUAUUCUAAGUGGCGGCGGGCUGUAG